AAGUACAUUGAUGCGUCAAUCGAAUUGAACCCCGACGAUGCUUACUGCCACCUCCUCAAAGGUCGCUGGUGCUUCGAGGUCUACAAUUUGACAUGGUUCGAACGCCAAUUUGCUUCACGGCUCUUCGCAACUCCACCAUCGGCAACCAUCGAAGAUGCAGUGGCCGAAUUUCUUGAGCGACUUCAACCGAAUCACUGGGCGACCAAUCAGGUGUACUUGGCGAAGUGCGAGUUUUCUCGUUCCAGGUACGUGGAAGCAGUUAAGUGGAUCACCAGUGCCGAAAAUCUAUUGAACAUGUCCGCGGAGGCAGACAAGGUCGAACUUGGCGAUGCGGGUGACAGAGAAACCCUUUUGGGGGAAAUAGCGACACUGAAACCACGAUAUGAAUCAUAUCUUCCCAACUAA